CCGGGGACGGAGUGGGCCCCUGCGAGGAACCGGCCCGCCUCAGGAAGGACGCCCGGGGCAGCGGGCUGGGAGGAUGAGGAGCUGCUGCCGGAGACUUCCGCCGCAGCAGGAGGGAUUCGAGUUAGACGCCGGGCCGGAGUUCCAGGCGGUGAGCUCUUCUUGCAAAAGUCUCAAGGGCGAGGACGGCGACUUUGGCUCCAAAGCCUCAAGAUAACGUCCUGCUCGGCGCGUGCGUCUCAGGUCCUGUUCCGAGAACCUGGCCACCAAAGGGUCGUCUUCUGCUGCUGACCCCCAUCAAACCCCAUCAUGCCCACAGCCCUGUGCCCCCGAGUCUUGGCUCCAAAGGAAAGUGAGGAGCCCAGGAAAAUGAGGAGCCCACCGGGAGAGAACCCUAGCCCCCAGGGGGAGCUUCCCAGCCCCGAGUCCUCCCGCCGCCUCUUCCGCCGGUUCCGCUACCAGGAGGCGGCGGGCCCCCGGGAGGCCCUGCACCGCCUCUGGGACCUGUGCCGGGGCUGGCUGCGGCCUGAGAGGCACACCAAGGAGCAGAUCCUGGAGCUGCUGGUGCUGGAGCAGUUCCUGGCCAUCCUGCCCCGGGAGAUCCAGGGCUGGGUGCGGGCCCAGGAGCCCGAGAGCGGCGACCAGGCUGUGGCGGCCGUGGAGGCUCUGGAGCGGGAACCGGGGAGACCGUGGCAGUGGCUCAAGCACUGUGAGGACCCCGUGGUGAUCGAGGAUGGGGACGGCCCUCCGGACCCGGAGCAGGAACGGCUGCCGGCAGAAGCCCAGGGCGACCUUGCCAAGAGUCAGGACACCCAGCCUGUGGCCCUGGCGCCGGGCCCCGGGCUCCCAAGCAGACCGCCGGGCCAGCUCAGUGGGGAUCCAGUUCUGCAAGACACCCCCCUUCUUCAGGAAGCGAGUUUGAGGGACGCACAGCAGGUGACGGCCCUCCAGCUGCCCCCGAACCGGGUCUCCCCCUUCAAGGACAUGAUCUUCUGCUUCUCACAAGAGGACUGGUCCCUUCUGGACCCUGCGCAGACUGGCUUCUAUGGCGAGUUCAUCAUUGGGGAGGACUGUGGCGUCUCGCUGCCUCCAAACGACCCAGCCGCCCAGCUGGAUCUCUCCCAGGGAGAGGAGAACGAGCCCCGGGUCCCCGAGUUGCAGGACCUCCAAGGGAAGGAGGUGACCCAGGUCUCGUACUUGGACUUUCCAAGCCUCCAGCCAUUCCAGAUAGAAGAGAGACGAAAACGGGAUGAGCUACAGGUGCCAGAGUUCCAAACCUGCCAACAGCUGACGCUCACCCAGAACACCUGCCCAGCCGGAGCUGACGCACUGACGCCAGAGAACGGCCUGGAUGAGGAGGUGACCAUCGAGAUCGUCCUGUCCAGCUCCGGGGACGAGGACUCCCAGCUCGGCCCCUACUGCGCGGAGGAGCCGCGGAGCCUGCCCGCCUCCCGCCGGAGCGGCGCCGAGGCGGCGGGCGAGGUGCAGACGUCGUCCUCUAACAAGUCCUACAUCUGCCCGAACUGCGGGAAGAUCUUCCGCUGGAGGGUCAACUUCAUCCGGCACCUGCGCAGCCGCAGGGAGCAGGAGAAGCCGCACAAGUGCUCGGUGUGCGGGGAGCUGUUCGGGGACAGCGAGGACCUGGACGGGCACCUGGAGAGCCACGAGGCGCAGAAGCCGUUCCGCUGCGGCGCCUGCGGGAAGAGCUUCCGCCUCAACUCCCACCUGCUGUCGCACGGGCGCGCGCACCUGCACGCCGGCAGGCUGCCGCCGCUGCAGAAGCACGAGCCGGGCGCGGCGGGCGCGGGUCCCGUGGGCGGGGGUCCCGCGGGCGCGGGUGACGGCGCGGCCAAGCUCCGCUUCCAGUGCUGCGAGUGCGGCAAGGCCUUCCAGCGGCCCGACCACCUGGCGCGCCACCGCAGCAGCGUGCACGCCAAGGACAAGGCGCGGCCCUUCCAGUGCCGCUACUGCGUCAAGAGCUUCUCGCAGAACUGUGACCUCCUGCGCCACCAGCGUCUGCACAUGAAGCGCCGCUCCAAGCAGGCUCUGAACUCCUACUGA